CGAAAAUUAAAUCAGAAAAGACUCGCACACGAACAGAUAAUGGAUAAUAAAUAAAAUUCAAUUUAUCACAAUUAUGUGACUCGAGGGUCAAGGAGACAGGAAUCGUUCGAUGCGUUGCGGCAGAAACGCGACGAAGGAAGGAUUAUUUAUAGAGAUCAGUAGUUUCAUAGAUAACAACUCUAGAAGAUAACUAAUUAAAGUGAUGAAGCUAAUUGAUGCAAUCAGUUAGUGUUAUCAUAUGAAUUGCAAAGACAGACCAGUGCCAGAAUAUUCAGCACAGAAGCAAGAUGAAGCAUGCGGGGACUGGUGACACUUGUGAAAAGGGAAAGGUGAUGGUAUUUCUUCGAAUGAGUUUUCGUGAUUUGUGUAUAGUGACAGUGUCUUUACCUCUAAUUUCAUUGUUGAUCUGUUUUGUAACGGCCUAUGUCUUCCAAUAUGAUGACAUACAUGAGACGCAUUGUAGAGUAUAUAAUAUUAUACCAUCAAUUAGUGCGGUGACAGGCGUAAGUCCCCAAAGAUAUUUGUGGAGGAUAAGUGUUGCUUUGCAUAUGGGACCCAGGAUUGCAAUUGCUUUGGUAUCAAAAACUUUCUAUGAUAAUCUAGUCAUUAAUUAUAAAGGACAAGAAUCAUCCCGAGCCAAAAUUUUAAACACAUUGUGCCAUUGGUUGAAUUGCAUUGAAAUAGCAGCAUUAUGCGGUGUUACUUAUAUUUCAAAUCGUGAAAAUUAUCCUUUACAUGAGAAGAUCUUCAUUGUUUUUAUGAUCUGUUCAUUGUGCCAUAUGUUGACUGAAAUAAAAUUGCGAGAAACAGUCUGUGAGCAAACUGAGGAUGAACAAAAGUCGAUCAAGAUCAAGAAAAUACUGUUUUAUACAUCAAUUAUCACAACUGUUGGUUUGGUCGUUUUCUUUAUGAAACACAGGCUAUUAUGUCAUGAUAUGGCAUUUAGUUGGUUUGCUUUAUGUGAAUAUGUGAUAGCUUUUGCAAACAUGGUUUUCCAUGUGACUGUGAUAAAAGAUUUUCCAAUGGAGCAACUAAUUGUCACACAGUGGGAUAAUUCUCUUGAUAAAGAAAAGAACUGCAAGGAACAAAUUAAUCAUAAUUCAGUAAAAGCAAAUAUUGGAAAAUUAAACUGAAAUCGAAGGACAUGUAGUGAACUUGUAAGAGAGGAAUGG